UGGAUGGAAAUGUACCCUGCUCACAAGUACCUCAGAUCCCAGCCUAGCAGACAGACACGCUUUUCUCACAAGCAACUGAGACACAAUGAUGCAGUUAAGGACUUUAAUUUUUACAUCCAUUUUGCUCCCAUGGAUACGGUCUUCUACAGCAAAAGAAUACGUGGAAGUCAGAAAAUCUACGGUAAAAGCAUCUUUUGUCAAUAAGCCAGUGGAAGAAAUGCAUAAUAUUUCUGAGUUGGGAAGAAGCUUUUAUAAAGAGUUAUCCUUUUUACAGACCGACACUGUAAACUUUCCAGACUAUGACACCCUUCGAGACUCGGACACUGACCCAGCAGCAGCUCCAAGAGCUGAUGAGAUGCCGACAUGUCUGCUGUGUGUUUGCCUGAGUGGAUCUGUUUACUGUGAGGAGGUGUCCCCUGAAAUGUCAGCCAUUCCAGCACUGCCAAAGGAAACAGCACAUCUCUAUGCACGUUUCAACAAAAUCACAAAAAUAAGAAACAAAGACUUUGCAGACAUGGCAUUAAAAACAAUUGACCUUACUGGCAAUCUCAUCGCUGAGAUAGAAGAUGGAGCUUUUUCAAAACUUUCAGAUCUUGAGGAGCUCAUUCUUGCAGAAAACAAACUGACUAAACUUCCCAUACUGCCCAACAAGCUGGUGUCAUUCAAUGCCAAUUUCAACCAUCUUAAAACCCAGGGUGUGAAGGCAACUGCUUUUAAAAAACUCACAAGACUGGCAUAUCUUUACCUUGGAAACAAUGAACUGACAGCAGUGCCCCAACUUCCAGAGUCUCUUCACGCUGUGCACCUGCAUAACAACAAUAUCUCCACAGUAACAGAUGAGACGUUCUGUAAAGGUAACAGUCACUACAUCCGGACCAACAUGGACGAGCUGAGACUGGACGGGAAUCCUGUCGUGCUGUCGAAGCACCCAAACAGUUUCAUCUGUCUGCAGUCUCUCCCUAUCGGAUGGUACAACUGAAAUAACCAAAGCAUGCUUUUGACUGAUGUCAACCUUGGAUGGGGGGAUGAAGGAUGCAGAUACAUAUAGUAAAAAUACCAUUUGCAAAAUGCAGUUCUUAAUUUAGAUUUUAUAUGCAUGCACUCAAAUCUACCAUACAGUUCAAGACUUUUAACGUUUUUUUCAUUAUCAAACAAAAACGUGUAAUUACAGAACAGCGGUAUUUAAACAAGCUUGUGUUUUUGUUUCUUAUCAAAUUCUAUCUACCUGUAAUGAACACAUCUGUGCAAAAUCAUCCAAAAUUAUUUCUUGUAUUUUUUCCUUUUGUUACAAUUUGGUUGAGACUGGUUUGUCUUGGCAGGUGCUAUACAAUGUUUGAAACAUAACACAUCAAAAUAGACUUGUCAAAUCAAUAGGAGACCAUUGUUAUUUCAUCAUUUCAUUUGAUUUUUUUUAACUAAAGAUCAUAUUAACAAUAAACUUGCAUGUUUCUCCAUCAGCCUUUCACUCUUUACUCCUUCAUAACUGUGAUACGGUUGUUGUAAAAUACUAUGAAGUCCAUUCCAGCCUGUUGGAUACAAGUAAGGGAGUGUGAGUCCAAGAAUGUGUCCUUAGAGGACACAUGUGAAGUCCACAUUAAAUCCGACCUUCGUUCACUUGGCCGCAGGCGCUUCAAGAACUAUCAAACCAUCUGCUAUCUUCUGCUUGUACUCCCGUUCUGAUCGUUUUCUUCGGUAGACAUCAUCU